AAGGUAUCGAUGCAUUGAGAGCUGUGUAAGAUGAAGUCGAAGAUGGCUAUUUCUAAGGUGUGUUAUCUAAAUCUAGGGCAGUAACAGAACAAACUGUUUACAUCCUUAUUCGCGAAGAUAAGGGCAUAAAUUUUAAGGCGAGGGCUGAAGAAGUGGAGAACGGAGUGUCCACACCAUCCUACAACAUAUUCGCAUCAUAAAAAAAAGAAAAUCUUUGUUUUUCUUCUGUGAUUCGAGUCAAAUUCAACAAUAUUAUUAUGCCCAAUAGAAAAAAGUUCAGGCCUGUGUUAUGGCAGUGGAAAGAAAUUCAUCUCAACAGCCUAAACAAUAUGAUUAUCUGUUAAAAUUUCUACUCGUGGGAGAUAGCGACGUCGGUAAACAAGAAAUACUGAGCGGCCUCGACGAUGGCUCAUCUGAAUCGCCUUUCUGCAGUGGAAGUGCAUAUAAAACAACGACGAUACUUCUCGAUGGUAAAAGAGUAAAGCUUCAGUUAUGGGAUACGUCUGGGCAAGGAAGGUUUUGCACCAUUAUAAGAUCUUACUCUAGAGGUGCUCAAGGAAUUCUUCUUGUUUACGACAUAACAAACAAAUGGUCGUUUGAUGGUAUCGACCGCUGGCUCAAGGAAGUCGAGGAGCAUGCGCCGGGGGUUCCUAAAGUGCUGGUAGGCAAUCGAUUGCACCUUGCUUUUAAACGUCAAGUUGGAACUAGGGAAGCGGAAAUGUAUGCUGCGCGGAACAGCAUGGCGUACUUUGAAGUGAGCCCUCUGUGCAAUUUCAACAUAACGGAGAGCUUUAGCGAAUUGUCGAGGAGAGCGUUGCAUCGCAACGGUAUGGAGAGACUCUUGAGAUCAAAUAAAGUGCUGUCGCUGCAGGAAUUGUGCUGUAGGGCGAUUGUAGCCAGAACAACUGUUUAUGAUAUCGAACAGCUACCUUUACCUCUUAUAGUCAAGUCACAUUUGAAGUCUUAUGCGAUGACUCGAUACACAAUGAUUCCGGUUGUGUCCCAUAAAAAGCUUCGCUCGCCUCAUUCAACCACGCUGACGUCACCGUCGCUUCCAACGAGGAGUCCAUCAGCACCAAGAAACUCUUGCACUGUUUCAUAAUUUUUUUUUAUAUUUAUUUAAAAGUGUUUUCUUCAAGAACUCAGGGUUAGUACAGUUUAUUUUUGUUUCUUUUAUUGUCUCCAUCCUAAGUAUUUUCAAAUUUAUUUAUUUGUUACUGAAUU